AUGAUUCAAUUGGAGGAGCGUGAUAUACCCCAGAUCCCUGGUACCAAGCUAGAUGGGGACGAAGCGCAAGAGUUGCGUUUGAUGGUGGCCGACCUCUUAGGCAGAAGGGCUACAAAUUUUCCUGGUUCACAACCUGUUUCUUUUGAAAGAAAGCAUCUCGAGGAGACACUAUUGCAAAAGGAUUACUUUGUUUGUGAAAAAUCUGAUGGUUUACGAUGUUUACUAUUCCUCAUUAAUGACCCACAAAAGGGAGAAGGUGUAUUUCUAAUAACGCGGGAAAAUGAUUAUUACUACAUUCCCAAUAUCCACUUUCCCCUUUCGGUAAAUGAAACUCCUUCUAAACCUUCUUUCCAUCAUGGAACUUUACUUGAUGGAGAAUUGGUGCUAGAAAACAAGAAUAUUAGCGAACCUGUUUUGAGGUAUUGCAUAUUUGAUGCUCUUGCAGUUAAUGGGAAAUGCAUAGUGGAUCGUCAACUACCCAAAAGGUUGGGUUACAUCACUGAAAAUGUUAUGAAACCAUUUGAUCAGUUUAAGAAAAUGAAUCCCGAUGUAGUCAAUUCUCCAGAGUUUCCGUUCAAAGUAGGGUUUAAGAGCAUGUUGACAUCCUACCACGCUGACGACGUGUUGAGCAAGAUGGACCAGCUUUUCCAUUCUUCAGAUGGGUUGAUUUACACAUGUGCUGAAACACCGUAUGUGUUUGGUACUGACCAGACUUUGCUCAAAUGGAAACCAGCCGAGGAGAAUACCGUUGAUUAUCAAUUAGAGUUUGUAUUCAACAAAGUCCAAGACCCUGACUUGGAUGAAAGAGAUCCUUCAUCGACAUACACAGAUUACGAUUCCAAACCAAAUUUGAUUAAACUACGAGUAUGGCAAGGUUCUAAUGUACACACUGAUUUUGCACAACUAGAUCUAAGCGAUGAAGAUUGGGAACGCUUAAAAGCUUUAAACGAACCUUUACAAGGAAGGAUAGCCGAAUGUCGCCAAUCAACAACAAAGAAAGGAUUAUGGGAAAUGCUUCGAUUCAGAAACGACAAAAGUAAUGGAAAUCAUGUUAGUGUGGUGGAAAAAAUUUUAAUUUCCAUAAAAGAUGGAGUGCGGGAAAAGGAAGUGAAAGAUAGUUGUCCAAGGAUUCAGAAGUAUUGGAAACAAAGAGAGGCGGAAAGGCGAAGGAGACACCUGAAUGGUCCAGCUGCUGGCAAAAAUUCUUUGUCAGAUCAUCACCACCAUCUGCUGCUGCUGCUGCAACAACAAAAACGAGAACAACAACGAGAACAACAACGAGAACAAAAACAACAAAAACAUGAGCAGCACCAUUACGGUGACGACGAACCGGUGCGGAAAAGAAUGCGCACGGAAUCAAGGGAUGACCUGCGGAGAAACCUGCACGAAGAUAACCUGUAUUCUCGACCAAACGGAAAAUCGUCUGUAGCAUAUUCAGCAGGAGCAGUAGAGCUGGCACCAGCUCCACAACUUGACGAAAUCCCAACUUAUGUAGAUAGCGACGAAGAGUAA